AUCUAUUCAUUAUCUAAGCUCAAAUGUAACUUCCCAAUUGUUUUUUUCAUUUUGUGCAUAUUAAUCGCAAUGGUAAUACAUGAUGAGCGUGAAACCGUUUAUUAUUGACUUCGGCACUGUCACCAUUAGGAUUGGAAGAGUAGGAGACAAACUUCCAUCCUUCAUUGCUCCUCCAUUCUUUGGCAAACCCAAUUUAAAGCGUAAUGAAACUGAUGUGUGUGACUUUUCUGGUGGUAAUGGAGGUAAUUGGUUGGAUUAUGCUAUAUUUCCUCUCAACCCUAAGGAAAAACAUGACAAUUCGAUUCCGAUUUCUGCCAUUACAUAUGAUAACGGUGAAUACAAUUUGAAACACGACAUAACUGACAAGCUAUUAGAAUGCGCAACCAGCUCAAAGGGUGUGGAUGAAUUGAUGGAAGGUGGUACCGUCAUUGCUACUGAACCCAAUCUUCAUACUCCACAGUUUCGUAACACGUUGGCCGACGUUUUGGUGGAAUGUCAACGUGUUAACAAGUUUUAUAUGUGUAAACGGGCUGCGUUAUCAUGUUAUGCAAGUGCAAGGGGCAGUGGUAUUGUUGUUGAUGUCGGCGGAGCUUGUAGCAAUGUAUCAGUUGUUUCAGAGGGAUUUGUUAUACAAGAAACUAUAAAAGAAGAACCAAUAGGCGGUACCAUUAUGAAUCGAAUAUUGUUAAACUACAUGUCCCAAAUCGGCACCAUAAUACGACCGUCGUUUGAGUACAUCAAGCCAGUCAAAACCGAAGAUGCAUUAAAAGGUAAAAUACAAAAAACUAACGAUUAUGUCAACUCUGUUGGAUUACGUAGCUUGCCGUAUGUACGUAAAGCGUACUAUGAGUAUGCUCAACUAUAUGCCAUAUCCAGAGUAAAAGAAACAUGUUGUUCUUCAGGAGAAAACCUGGGUGUUGCUAUGGAAAACACAAAUUCGUGUUUUGUUCUCCCUGAUGGCACAUUUUUAGAUACAACAGUUGGCAAAUCGUUAUCAGGGAUAUUUUGCCGUUCGCUCUUUAAUGAUGCAAAUUAUCUCGAAGAUUCAAAGGCUUUUCAAUCAAUGGAGUCCCUUCACAUUAUACCGUCACGAAAUGAGCAUGAAAUGAUACCACUAGGCCAGUUUUUAAAUGGGCUCACUGGGCUCGAUGGAUUGUUGGCGGAAUCUUACGGUGCAGCCCGACAGCUGGUUUCUAGCGUCUGUAUACCAGAUGCUAUAAAGACGGUAAUUUUGUCUGGGGGUACUACUAGGCAUUCCGCUGUGCUACCUCUUUUGGAAAGACGUUUUGCAAAUCGUAUGCCAGAUGUUGAAAGUCCUCUUUUUAUGUCAGUUGGAGGUGAUGAACAACAAUACAGUAGUUUUAUAGGCGCUUCUAUUCUUGCUUCCUUUGGCAUGUUUGAGUCAUUAUGCAUCACUCGUGAAGACUGUCAAGAGCAUGGGCUUGAACGUAUCCUGCAACGUAAAUGCCCAUAAUGUUUUCAUGGGAUAAUUAUGGUCAUCUGGAUAAAUGAGACAUGUAAACGGUAUUAUACCGUUGUUUCCAGUGUAUAAUGUAACCCACACGUGUUACGGGAGUAUGUCAUAACGGAUCGCAAACAUGUCCAUAAACAUCUGGUCAAACUA